AGGGAAUAUUUAAGCGAAUAAUUAGUCUACGCAACAUUUUAAUCCACUGCCAUUAUUUCAUAUUCGUCGUAAUCGUUUUAUAAACUGUGCAACAACAAUAACAAACACUUCGAAAAUUUACGUUUAGUUUUUGCAAAAUAAACAGAAAUCAAUAACUAUGGGACAGACAGACGGCUAGGAAAAAUUCAUGUCUAAAUUUCCCACUCCAGCACUUUUACAGCCAUAAUUAUACAUGGCACGCUCGCUGCGCAGGAUGGGGUAUAUUAACUUUACCGUUCAUUGGUUGGCUAAUUGUUGGUAAUCAAGAGCUGACAAAAUUCUACUUUUGUUUAACUACCAAAUCUAAGCUGCAUUCAGCUUUAAGAGUUAAUAGACAGAAUUGAAUUGUUUUCUAUUAUAAAAGGAAGUCUACUAGUUGGUAUUUGAGUCAUCGACUAUUAUUAUUAUUUGUACUUAUUGUGGCGAUAAAAGACGUUGCCGGGGUUCUCAUAAACCAGCCAAACAUCGUCGUCGUCGUCGCCGUCGCCACAGGAGACCCUCGUGCCCCGCCGUCCGGCAAUACGGAAACGAAAAAUCCAAUAAAAUAAAUGUAUGUGAGAAUUGUUCGUGGUUGGUCGCGUGCAGGACUCAACUCGCAGGCGGCAGCUGUCCAGGCUUAGUUAACAUUUAGCAUUCGAACGACACAGUUGCCAACGGGUCAGGUCCUUUUAAAUGUCCACACGACAAGCACUCAAUCCGCGCGCCAAUGUAUUCAUACUGGUCAAUCUGGGCUGUGAGGCGUUGUACGUAAUUGACCAGCGCCUAAAGGCGCAGCAAAUUGCGCUCGACAAAUCCAUUCAAGUUAUACACGAUGUGACGUCGGUGCUGUUGGAGCCCAAGUUUAUGGAAUCCCUCAUCAACGGAUCCAUGCACGGCAACGCACAGCUGCUGACCGCAGAUCACUGCAAGUUCAUGUUGAAGGACAUAACCACCUGUUCGCUGAUGCGCCUCGACGAAACGUCCAUGGAGAAGCUGUGGAACCUGAUGACCAUGAUGUACAAGUGGCAGCUGUUCGUCUCGCGCCACCAGCACCAUUUGCUGGACAUAACGUUCCGUCACUUGGAUGCCAUUAACAGGUUGUAUCCGGAUGCGAAGCGGCAUAUGCUCAUCGAUUUUAGCAAGAAUAUGUUGCUGGAUUUCUGGAAUGCCUGUGGCGAGCAGCAACAGUUGUCCAUAUAUCGCACCAACAGAGCCUGGCUGCAAUGCUUCAAUACAAAGAUAUCGCUGCUAAUUCGGCUGGGCUUUCAGGCCAUGGAUGGCAGUUUUUUGGCCGAAGUAGAUCAGAGCCAUUAUCAGGUAUAUGCCCAAUGCAUUGGGGACAAUAUCUACAUUAAAAGCAGCGAAUUGGCGCAGCAACAGCAGCAGCAACGGGAGCCCAAUCGCAUUGAUCAACUGGCAGCCCAGCUCAACAUUAAUCCGUCGUCGCAGCCAACCGGCGAGGAUUUGCAGCCCAUGGAUGCACGCCAAGUUCAGAGGCAGUUCGAGCAAACGUUCUCCAGCAUUUUGUUUACAGACACGGAUAGCAAUGCGGCGGCAGCAACGUCACAGGCGCAGCGCAAUCCAAAUGCCUCCGGCUGUGAAUUUGUCCAGCUGCUGACUGGCAACAGUAAAGCAGACGAUGAGGUGGUCAGCACAGCGAGUCGCAGCGGGGGUGUGCUCAAACAGCAAUUGCUCGAUUUGUACAGCAAAAUACCCUGAAAAAGCUGUGUAAAAAGAAUGUGGCAUACUGAUUGAGCGCCAUUUAGCGUGAAAUGAGCGCAAGCAUGUAAUGCAUAAUUAAAAAAUAUUGUAUUUGUUUGUAAAAUAAUUACAAAAAAGUGUUUUUCUUUUUGCAGUUUCGAAGACAUUGGUGAUCCAACAACAUUACAAAAAUUUUGAGCUUGAGACCUAGUUUUCUAAAUUUUCUUUGUAAUUGCGGCCGAGCCGCUGGCAAAGCGGAAAAACGACCUAAAAUUUCUGUCUAUCAUUUCGUGUGCGAAGUGUUGUUGUAAAACAAUAGAACAAAAUAUUUCAAAAAAGACAAAUUGGAAAUAGAAAUUCACAAGUAUAUAAAUAUUAAA